ACAACGUUCGUUUAAAAGGCUUAUUAAGGUUGUGGAAAAUGGCCUGCCAUCAACUAAAGUACUCAGUACUGUGCGUGUUCCUUCUGUUUCAAAGCACAUUCCAACAAAAUGUAUCUCUACAAAUGUUAAAGGAAAUUGAUAGAUACACUCCCGAUAACUAUGUACUAUCAUUGUUGAAUAUAGAGUUAAUUCUCUUUGAGAUCUAUGCCGCUAAGGCAAUCGAGAGUAGUAUUACAUUGGAAAGGAACUUGAUCACCGGCACAGGAGACCCCGAGGCAAGAAUGGAAAUCCAGAAAUGGGGCUUGAGAUAUAACAAAGCCUCGAGGGCCAAGUUCGAGAUGGCUAAUAAGGUGGCUGUGUCUCAGAGACUACCGUUAUCGAAAAAGUUACGUCUGAUAAACGAAUUGCUGCUAACGAGUGCCAAGAAGUAUGAUGUAGCAAAAGAUGUGAGACCCUCAAUAUCAAUGGACAAUUGGUUGUCCCCACAUUUGGAUGAUGUACUCGGCUCCUUUGUCCAAGCUAAGAAGACAAACGCGGCUGAAAACAUUGUAGCCCUCAGUGGAAUGUCAGUUACUCCCCGUUGGAGUACUCCUUUCCAAUCGCAGAUAAACAGAUAUUUUGUCAAGAAGCAUGGCACCGGAUAUGGCUCAAAAGACCCCUUAUGUGUGCCCAUGAUGCACUCCUUGGCCAUGUUUGAAACAAUGUCCACGGACGAGGCCAAAGGAAUAUACAUCCGAUUCUCUACGGCAAACAUGGGUAUGUUGAUCCUUCUGCCAAGAAAAGGAGUCAGCUGCAAGGACAUUUUAGACAACUUGAGCAACCAGGUCAACGUGGAAAUGAACGAUCCCAAGCAUAUUCACUUGAUACUGCCCAUAUUCAAGGAGAAGUUUGACUACAAUAUAGCUAAAUUCCUCAAUGGAAUUAAUAUUUACGACGCGUUUAAAGAUUCCGGGUUUAGUUCGAAACCCAACAUAAAAAUCAAUGAUUUUAGAGUCAACCAUGGUGUACAAUUUGAACCCACCCAACGUUUAAAUGUAGUUGAGGAUAUUGAUACUCAAAAUGCCCAAACGUUUGAAGUAAAUCGCGCAUUUGUGUUUGUCAUAAAGGAUAGUGACUUCGUGUACGCAGUUGGUCGAGUUGAAAACCUAGAUGGACUGACUCACAAAGUGAAUUGCUCAAAGAAAUCCGAUGAUCUUAAUUCAUAAAAAGUUUGUUUAAUAUCGAUGCAUUAAUAACAUGGUUGAAGCUUAAUACAAAGGCAAAAUAUAUAAAAUAGUUCUAGAAACAA